UUAUUCAGUAUUGUUGCGGUAAAUGUGCUAUUUGACUGUCAACUACAUUACCUAUUUCACAUGCAAAUCAGUUCAACCAGUAACCGUACAAUAUUCCUCCAUCAGUGUAAUUCAAGAACUUUUUGAAAUCAAACGCAAAGCAAAAAUGUCUCAUUUUGAUCUGCAAUUUGAAAAAAUGUUUGUGAUUUCAACUACGGCUUUACGUAUAAAUAGAGCUCAUUAUUCUAUUGCGCGAAAUCUUAAAUGGAUAAAACAAUGUUUCUUGUUUUUUUUAUCGACAUUUACAUUAUUUUUUUUUCUCCUUAAUGCAAUAUUAUUCCAUGACAUUCGGUCUGGAAACGUGGCUGAAGCUAGUAAAAAUCUCUCGAUGGUACUCGUCGCUAUUACUAUCACCUUGAAAUAUGUCGUACUGCUGUAUCAUCAAAACUCCAUGAAACAUAUCGUCGCCACGGUUAACAAAGAUUACGACUUGGCUAAAGAUUUUCCUGAAGAAGAAAAACAGAUAGUACUGAAAUAUGCUAAGAAGGGAGUAACUGUCAGUAAGUUUUGGCUUGUGUUUGGUUUCGGAACCAGCGCUGUAUUCCCCGCAAAAGCUUUUGCGUUGAUGGCCUAUUAUUACUGGAAAGGAGAAUUCGUUCUCGUCCCGUUGUUCGACUUUAGGUAUCCGGAUCAAAUAGAAGUUUACAAGAGUGAGACCUGGAUGUUCCUGAUGCAGUUCGGACUAUGUUUUGUAUUUGGAUCUUAUGCUGCGACUAUGUACGUGGGUUUUGAUCCUCUAGUUCCCAUAUUUAUGUUGCAUACAUGUGGACAGCUCGAAUUGCUUUGUGGGCGCAUUAGUAAAGCUUUUGUUGACGAUGUAAAUAAAACAAAAAAAAAUUUAAAGGUUAUUGUUUUAAAACUACAAGUAUUAUACGAGUAAGUAUCACAUUUUGCUGACUGAUGGGGAUUUUCUUUAUGUGGUAAAUGAAUACAUGCUAACUUACAAUUUUAUUUUACAGCAUAGUAGGUCGU